CUGCAAGUCACCAUAUAAAGCAGUGGGACCCAACCCAGCAGCUCCAACUGCUCUGUGUUUACCAUUAUCUUUUUUUUUUAAGAUGGAUUUCCUUCAUAGGAAUGGAGUGCUCGUUAUUCAGCAUUUGCAGAAGGACUAUCGAACAUACUACAAUUUUCUAAAUUUUAUGUCCAAUGUUGGAGACCCCCGGAAUAUCUUUUUUAUUUAUUUUCCACUUUGGUUUCAACUUAAUCAGACAGUUGGAACCAAGAUGAUUUGGGUGGCAGUCAUAGGGGAUUGGUUCAAUCUUAUUUUUAAAUGGAUAUUGUUUGGUCAUCGGCCGUAUUGGUGGGUGCAAGAAAAUCAGAUUUACUCAAAUCACUCAAGCCCAUGCCUCGAGCAGUUCCCCACUACAUGUGAAACAGGUCCAGGAAGUCCAUCUGGCCAUGCAAUGGGCUCUUCCUGUGUCUGGUACAUCAUGGUAACAGCUACCUUGAGCCACACUGUCAGUCAAAUGGAUAAGUUGUCUACCACUCUGCACAGACUGACCUGGUCAUUUCUUUGGAGUCUUUUUUGGUUGAUUCAAAUCAGUGUCUGCAUCUCCAGAGUAUUCAUAGCAACACAUUUUCCUCAUCAAGUUAUUCUUGGAGUAAUUGGUGGCAUGCUGGUGGCAGAGGUCUUUGAACACGCAACAGGCAUCCAAACGGCCAGUCUGAGCACUUAUCUGAAGACCAACCUCUUCCUUUUCCUGUUUGCCCUUGGCUUUUACUUGCUCCUCAGACUGCUUGACAUUGACCUGCUGUGGUCUGUACCUAUAGCCAAGAAAUGGUGUGCUGACCCCGACUGGAUCCACAUUGAUACCACGCCUUUUGCAGGACUUGUGAGAAAUCUUGGAGUCCUGUUUGGUUUGGGCUUUGCCAUCAACUCACAGAUGUUCCUCAGGAGCUGCAGAGGGGAAAACGGCUACAAGCUGAGCUUUCGACUGCUCUGUGCCGUGGCCUCUUUGACCGCGCUGCAGCUCUACCACUUCGUCAAGCUUCCCACUCACACAGAGCAUUUAUUUUAUGUGCUAUCUUUCUGUAAAAGUGCAUCCAUCCCACUGACCGUGGUUGCACUGAUUCCUUACUGUAUUCAUAUGUUAAUGAAACCAAGAGAAAAGAAGACUGAUUAGAGUUGUGCUAAGGGCUAAUCAUCUGUGGGCCCAGGAUGACCUCCUCCUCCAACCUCC